AUGUUCGCUUUCUCACAUGCGACUCCCCUGCUUUAUGGAUUACAUUUUCGUGACCUGAUCUAUACAGAUAGUCACGCUUAUGCUCGUUUUAUGAUCAACAACAAAGUUCUCCUAUCGAAUACUAAUGGCCGUGCAACUACUGCUGCAGUUUUUGACCUUGGAGCUGAUUUGAAUGAUAUUGACCCACGAGAUGGAUCAGUCAUAUAUAAUGGAACCGAAGCAGGGAUCUACUUUCCUUACACUAAUGUAGAACUCGUCUUUCUACCUCCUGGUCUCCAUGUUGUUGAAGUGGGUGUACGAAUCAAAGGAAAUAAUGCUAAUGUUGAUUGGGGUACAUUUACUCUUGAGUUGGUAGAAUACGCUCCUGGUGAUAACAUCAAACUCGAAUAUCCUGAAUAA